AUGAAUGGUGGUGAGUGGUACCAAGCCAACUUGGCCUCAUCCAAAAUGUGGGCGGGUUCAGAUGAAGGAAAACAGGCUUCUGCCCGUGGCGGAGAACCAGCCUUGCGAUUGGGGAAGCGCAAAAAACAAGUUGUUUCAUCUCCUCAGGCCACAUCCACUCAGACAGAGUGGCCGGGAGACGACAUCCUGGUGCCCGUAUUCCAGACCUCACAAGCAAAAAAUUGCAUAAGCUAUUAG